CAUCUGCGCUGCUAAAAAUUGUUGUUGAGCCAGAUCUAGGAGCUGACCUCCAUUGUCUGCUCGACCUGCUUAAAACUGUACAGAACUAAUCUGUCUUCUCAUGCGUUUUAAGUGAUAAUCAGUCGACAAUGGAAUCAAUGGGAAACGGUCUUGGUUUUGUCUUUGGCCCUGAUGUUGCUACCGUCAACGGUUCACGUUCGCUGUCAAGCAAGGACACACGGGCUAAACGUGAUGAAAUGUUUAUCGACCAGGAAAUCAACCCUCCGGUUCUUUGUUCUUCCAUGAAAAGCGCUCCCACAAAGUGCCUCGAAUUUCCAACCACAACAUUCAGUCUUUCCCAACUACAUCUUGCAAAUCGGGGAAAUCACCUGUCGGUUUUCCCACGUGUGGGGAAUUCCAGUAUAUCAGACACAUUGCAUCAGCUCAACCCUAACAACGAUGACGCAAAACUAUGUCACAGUUCAUUGGCACUUGUGCAUGCACCAAUGCCAUUCGUUUUCGGAGAAACGUCUGAAAACAACUUCUUGAACAUCGACAAAGAUACUUUAAUAGAUGAUCUUGAUCUACUAGCAGCGGCUGUGGCAUUAAGUUGGCAGGAACCUCUUUGUGAUACAUUUUCUGAUACACAGAAAAUUUCAGAAAACUUAUACUCUCUGCACGCCAGCAAUGUUUUGUCCUCAAGGGCGUCAGUUGAAAUUUCAAAUCCAGCUAUGAGACACAGACAACCUUCUAUCACAAUUAUUCGUGAACCACCACAGUGUCAUAGAGCUCGUUACGAGAUCGAAGGCAAUCAAAGCUCCAAGGGUCUGUUGAAGAACGACGAUAGAGAGCCGGUCUUUAUUCAACUGAAGAACGUUCCCACCAGUGUAACACAGAUUGACGUUACUCUGUCUGUAGUGACAACAACCAACGACCUAGUACGUCACCCCUACGUAUAUCCUACUUGCUUUGGUCGCACCAUGCCAUCAGAUUGGAAAAGAAACCCGAACAAACGAACGGUCACGGUGGCUUUGCGACAAUCAGAAGAAUACAGAAAGGAACUGACCUACUUGGGAAUAAAACGCAACAAACUGGAAUGCAUUGAUUUGAGACAGCACUCUCGUGAGCAGCUUAGCCUCUUUCGUAUUAAGUUCGAGGCCAGUGUUCCUUUUGUUGACUUUUCCACGUCUGCAAAGGUUUCUUUGAUUACUGCAACUACGCGCUCUGUACGAGUUUUGUGCCCUAGCUCGUCAACAAAGCGAAGGAAAAUCAACAAGACUGCAUCACCUUCAAAGAAGGUAUCGAGAUCGUAGUUUCCGUAAACAGAAAGAUAACAAGAGCACGCCUAUGUAGAACUUGUAAUACUCUGUUAAUGACAAAACAUCGUUAUGCAUUUCUUCUUUGUUAUUUGAUUGAGUACUGGGAAAUCUAAUAAUGUUAAUUGUUUAGCACAAGUGUUUUCUAGAUGGGCUUUGUUUUAGAGAAUGUAUAUCUAAAUCCACACUGUAUACGUGCUGUACAGUGUCUUGAUUUGCUUGUCGUCAAAUACACAUAUAUUA